UGUGACUAGUUUCAUUUAGAAUAGAUUCAGAUGUUUUCCGUCUUACCAUCGUUGUUAGUUGACUUUGAGCUCAAUUAAAUUAACCUUCAAUACAAAUUGGUUCUGCGUGGAGCUAAUUGCCCUAGUGUUAGUCAUCCAUGUCAGACUCAUUAGUUGAAGAAAGGGUAUGUGAACAAAGUGCCGAGGAGGAUUCGAAACCCGACGGUAUCAAUAAAGACGAAGAGAGUAAAACAGGCGAAGUGAGGAGUCGCAAGUCCAGUACAAGCAAAAGCAGUAAAAAAGAACACAAACAGAAAAGUGACAAAUCAAAGAAGAGAAAGAGAUCCAGGUCUAGAUCUGGGUCUGCCAAUCGGGAAUCAAAGAAGGAGAAGAAGAGGAAGCGAUCUCGAAGCAGAAGUAGAAGCAAAGACAGAGAUAGAGAUGGGACCACAGGGGACUCCAGCAAGAAAUCGUCAAAUAAACACAGCAGCAAGAGGAAGAAGAGCGAGGAUAGGGACCACAGAGAAGGAAGAGAGAACGAGAAGGAAGGUGUGAAAGGUGUAGAAAAUGGCGUGAAGAAAGAAGAAAAUAUUUCAGAUGACGAAGGCGAAGUGAAAGACAGUCCGGAGAAGAGUUCUGGUGCAGCAGCAGAUAGUAGAGUGGAUUUGAGACAUAUGACUCAUGGUCAUAGUAAAACUAACGGGGCCAUUGCAGCAGUUGAAGUGAAGAAAGAGAAAGAGGGGGUGGCGGUGAAGAAAGAGAAGAAGGAGCCACUGUCCUUGGAGGAACUGCUGGCUAAAAAGAAGGCGGAGGAGGAGGCCAUAACAAAACCAGUAUUUGUGACGCGGGAGGAGCGAGAGAAGGCGGCCAUCGAGAGGAGGGAGAGGGAGGCGGAGGAGAGGAGGAGGAGACAGCAGGAGGCCAUGGCCAAACUGAGAGAGGAGCAGCAGCGGAGACUGGCAAUGGCGAAUGCGUCUGCGCCCUCCAGUGCCCUGGACAGGCAGGCGGAGAGGGAGAGAGAGCGGGAACUGCUGAGACAGAGGAGACGCGAGAUGAGGUCCAGGACUCGAUCCCGGUCAAGAUCAAAUAGCAGAGAUAGACACAGGCGGAGAAGGAACAGUGGUGGCAGUGACGGAGGGGGUCACUCUUCAGACGGUGGGGGCAGUGAUGGUGGUGGGGGCAGGGGCAGGAGGGGAAGAGGAGGCAGAGAAGAGAAAGAGGCUGGAAAAGGGGAGGGGAGUAAAGAGGGAGCGGUAGAUGGACAACAGCAGGAGUAUGUUUUGAAUGAGAAGGAACAGCAGGCGAUCAGGAACCGUUACCUUGGUGGAGGAGGGAGGAGAAAGCGGAGAGUGAGACAUCUGAAUGAGCGGAAGUUCGUGUUCGACUGGAAUGCGGACGAGGACACCUCUGCGCAGGACUACGACAACCUCUACAAGCAGAGACACUCUCUCCAGUUCUUCGGCAGGGGACAUCUCGCCGGCAUCGACAUCAAGCAACAGAAGAAGGAGCAGAAUAGGUUCUACGCAAAUCUGCUGGAGCAGAGGAGGACUGUGGAGGAGAAAGACCAGGAGAAGAAGCGACUGAAGGACGUGGCCGCCAAAUCAGCCAAGGAGAAAUUUGACGACCGUCACUGGCGUGAGAAGAUGCUGGACCAGAUGACUAACAGGGACUGGCGUAUCUUCAAGGAGGACUACAAUAUCUCCUCCAAGGGUGGAAACAUCCCCCGCCCUAUCCGCAGUUGGGAGGAGGCAGGAUUCCCUUCCUUCAUCAAGGACAUACUCCUCGAGAUCAACUACUAUGAGCCCACUCCAAUUCAGAGACAGGCCAUUCCGAUUGGACUGCAGAACAGAGACGUGAUCGGAGUGGCGGAGACUGGGUCAGGAAAGACGUGUGCAUUUCUCGUCCCCCUUCUAGUCUGGAUCUCCAAACUGCCCAAAAUACAACGUGAGCAAGAUGCGGAGAAUGGUCCCUAUGCGAUCAUUCUGGCGCCUACUCGUGAACUGGCCCAGCAGAUAGAGGACGAGACGAUCAAGUUCGGCAAGUUCCUCGACAUCAAGACAGUUGCUGUAAUCGGAGGACUUUCCAGAGAGGAGCAGGGCUUCAAACUGAGGCUGGGUUGCGAGAUAGUGAUAGCGACUCCUGGUCGUCUGAUAGAUGUGCUGGAGAACAGAUACCUGGUAUUGCAGAACUGCACCUACGUAGUCAUGGACGAGGCGGAUCGUAUGAUAGACAUGGGAUUUGAGCCGGACAUCCAGAAGAUCCUGACCCACUUGCCGGUGACUAAUCAGAAGCCGGACACUGAGGAGGCAGAAGAUGAAAGCAAGAUGUUGCAGAACUACGACACCAAACAGAAGUACAGACAGACGGUGAUGUUUACUGCGACUAUGCCUCCUGCGGUGGAGAGACUGGCCAAGACAUACAUGCGGAGACCAGCUGUCGUGCACAUAGGCUGUGUGGGCAAACCGACCGAGAGAGUCGAACAGAUCAUCUACAUGAUGGCCGAAGGACAGAAGAAGAAGAAGCUGGUGGAACUGUUAGAGAAGGGCUUCGAUCCCCCUAUCAUCAUCUUCGUGAACCAGAAGAAGGGUGCAGAUGUGCUGGCCAAGUCACUCGAGAAGAUGGGGUUCAACCCGUGUGCGCUUCAUGGAGGCAAGGGUCAGGAGCAGAGAGAGUUGGCUUUGAACAGUCUCAAACAGGGCAGCAAGGAUAUUCUGGUGGCCACAGAUGUCGCAGGCAGAGGCAUAGACAUCAAAGACGUCUCCAUGGUCAUCAACUACGACAUGGCCAAAAAUAUACAAGACUACACGCACAGAAUCGGGCGAACAGGACGAGCGGGUAAGAACGGAGUGGCAGUCACACUUCUCACCCAGGAGGACUCGGCCACCUUCUACGACCUCAAAGAGGUCAUCGGGGAGAGUCCAGUCUCCUCCUGUCCCCCCGAACUGGCCAACCACCCGGAGUCACAGAAGAAGCCCGGCACAUUCAACCCCGUCCGCAAGAAGGACGAAAUUGUGUACUUGAAGUAGACCCGAAACGAGAAGUUUAACCAUCUUCAAAGCUCUAUGAACAAUGUUCUGUUGGCUUUCGGAAGCUGCAGUAGAAUGAAAGAAAUGAAAUCUUGAGGCAUAAUAUGCCAGCUUAGUUCGAAAACUAGUUUAUCUCGAAAAACUGCAAUAGUAUAAUGUUUUCUGUCAAUUUUAUUUAAUAUAUGAAGCAAUCAUUAGAUCUUGUUAUAUGAUUUCUCCAGUUGAUUUUUGUCUGAACAA